AUAUUGAUAGAUGGCGUUCAAGUGAAGUCGCUUUGAGUUUUAUCCUAAUAAUACGAAUUACUGUCAUCUAUUUAUAUAGAAGUGAAAUAUUUUUGCUUUAUAGAGUCUGAAAACAUUAUAAAACUGAUAUAAUCCCUUUUCAUUAUCAAAUUGUUAUUUUUUUAAACGAAAAAUGGCUUUUAUAUUCCAACGUUCGCUGGGUUCUUUCAAGGUCGGACGAUGGCAACAUGUCCCCUUAAAUCUAUUUCCAAGAAAUAGUAGAUAUAGUCACACUGUUGACGGGCAUAUGAAACAAUCAGCUCUUUAUAUUAGUCCAUAUGACAAGAAAAAUUCUUCAGUUGUCAACGUAGAUUUAAAUUUAAAGGAAAUUAUUGAAAAUGCUAAUAAUGUUGCAACUAAUAUUAAAUUACGACAAAUGAACGUGAAUGUUUAUAAAUUGUGUGCGGACCAUAAAGCAUAUGAGGAAUUUGAAAUAGCCUUGAAAACCAUUGAAGACCAAAGAAAAAGUGUUACAGCAAAAGUUUCAGAAUUAAUUGCUGCAAAAGAUAAUUCGAAAGAGACGAUCAUAAAGGAGAUGAUUGAAAAGGGAAAGCUUUUAAGAUCUGAGAUGAAUGAUUUAAAGAAAAAAAUGAGCGAGCUGGAGGAAACAAUAAUGAAAAGGGCCUUGAUUAUACCCAAUCUUAUUCACCCUUCAGUCCCAGAUAAUGAUAAAGUUCUGCGGUCUAAAAAUGAAGAUCUGUGUUCUCAAUUAGAGGAUAAUAUAAAGAGCCAUUUAAAUAUAGGACGUCGGAAAGGUUCUAUCAUUUACAGACCAUUAUCGCCUACGGCUUUCUAUUUGCAAGGUGAAGCGGCAGCCUUAGAGAGGAGCCUAACAAGUUUAGUGAGCAAGCACUUAAGAAGUAAAGAUUACCAAUUAUGGCAUUGUCCCCACUUCAACAAAGCAUUUAUUUUAGAGGCUUGCGGUUACGAUUUUGCAGAUCAUAAACAAGUACUACUAAUCGAUCAAGAAGUUAUAGAAGAUGACCAGAAAGUAGAUACCAACCUCUAUCUGACUGGAACAUCUUUACCAUCGUUUGUUGCUUUUUUCGCAAGAACUGUCGUUGAUCAGAAUAGUUUGCCCAUCAAAGUUUAUAGCGUUGGGGAGGAGUAUAUUUCCAAUGUAGAUAACAAAUCGUUUUGCGCGGAUGAUCUACUAUCGACAAGGCAAAUAACGAGUGUUCGACUAUUCAGUGCCUCAGCGAAUAAGGAAGCUGCAUAUGACUUAUAUGAAAACCAUUUAUCAGAUUUAUGGGAAUUUUAUGAAAGCCUUGAUUUACCGGUAAAAUUAAUUAGUCGUCCUCCCAGAAAGUUAAGACGUGAAGAAAGUGCUAGAGUAGACAUAAAACUUUGGAUGCCAAGUUCGAAAGAUUACAGAACGAUUGCUACUGUAUCGAUGCUAGGUGACUUUGUAAGUCGGCGAUUGAUGAAUAAAUACCAGGCAGGGCAAACAAACGCUUAUUUACAUAUGACUCAUUCUUGUGCAAUGAACGUAACGAGACUCGUCGCCGCCCUCACGGAAUAUGGAGCUCUAGAGAAGAAGGUAUGCGUUAAAGGAAUAACCAAUUUCGUGCGCAGAUUAGUCUAUAGUAUUUUCAUAACGAAUAAGUAA